GCAAAAGCUACAUGAAGCCGUCGACCCAGGAAAUCUUGAUGCUAUAGCGCCUCCGACUCAAUCGCCAUGAAAGAUAUUUUUAGAUCGCUCGGACUUGGAGGUGUUUUUGUAACCAUGUCAUUCACAUUCCCGCUGCUGGGCAUAAUCGCAUGCCAAUUCUGCUUGUAUCAUCGCAGCUUUCCUGAAGACGCAAGACGAAUAAAGGCCAUGGUGUAUAUUGUCCUUAUCUUGGAAAUUGCUCGCACACACGCAUGCGCCGUCAUGAUAGACGCAUAUCUCGUACAGUGGCACGCCAUGGGCAACGAUGUGGACUUUAUCUAUUGGACUCCAGGGCUCGUCGCCAUUCUCCAGAAUACGAGCGUAACAAUCGUGCAAUGCUUCUAUAUCUGGAGAAUUUGGACAUUCAGCGAAAGGGCCUACAGAGUUCUGGUGAUACCUCUGGUCCCAAUAUCGCGAAGAACUCACUGCCAAUGUCAUAUUGCCGGUCUCACUCAGUUGUGCGGCGGUGAACGACGCAGUGAUCAUCGCAAGCCACUUCGGCGGAGGCGGACCGGAGCCUGCGGAACAGAGUACAUCAUACGGACCAUUAUGAUCUACUCCGUGAAUAUGGGAGCCAUCACGAUGGCGGCGUCGGUGGCUGCGCUAUUGGCGUUUGUUCUGGACAAAAGCAGCCUCUACGGCGGAAUCGUCGAGCUGCAGUGCAGAUUGUUUGCGAUCUCGUUACUGGCGAACCUCAACGCCAGACGAACGAUGCGGGACAACCAGCCGAGGGAUGCUGUCGAGUUCUACCCCCACAACUUCACCGGAGACGCCGCGCAAGGCUCAUCCCGCUUGUCCCCCGGAGGCCCUCAACGACAGCUGAUUCCCAAGCUACUUCAUAACCCGAGCCAGUGACACGCGAAGGAUCGACCGUCCCUCAUCCUCGACAUCUAGCACACACGAACGACCUCAAGAUACACGCACGAAAAUCCCAGCAUGCAUGCAAGGCUAGCGUAUGCAUCCAGGAAAUUUAUCGUCCGGGGUAGGAUAUCUAUUGUACUUGCUAGACAGAAACAAUGCGAGCGCCGGUAGCUGGUAUACAACAGAGCUAAGGCGACACAAGAU